GUCCUGGUUGGCUGGAGGAGCUGAGCAGUCGGGGAGCGGAGACGGCGCCGGGAGGCCUCGGAGCGCCUUUCGCUUUCCUCUCCCUUUCCCUCAGCCCUCCGCCUCCUCCGGAGUCGGCCCGCCCUCCCUGACCUCCGUGACCCCGCUGGCCCCGCCCACCCCGUCGACGUGAUUCCCGCCGUGAGGUAAACGCCGGUGGAGAGCGGAGCCCCGCGGAAGAGGACGGCGAGGGGCGAGCGACGCGGCGGGGCCGGCUCGGGUCGGUGGCGGAGCCGCCGCGCGUGAGAGCUUCGGGCGGGUCUCGCUCCCCGGCCGCCCCGGACGCCGCCGCCGCGCAGGCCCAGGCCGCUGCCCCGCGCCCGCCCGUGGCCGCGGCGGGUGACGCAGCCGGAACAUGUCGUCCGCGGCCGAGCCUCCGCCGCCCCCGCCUCCCGAGAGCGCGCCUUCCAAGCCCGCGGCCGCGGGCGCCGGCGGGAGCGGCAGCGGCAACAAAGGCGGCCCCGAGGGCGGCGCGGCGCCGGCGGCCCCGAGCGCGGCGGGCGCGGGCCCCGCGGAGGGCGAGAUGGAGGAAGUAUUUGAUGAUGCAUCACCUGGGAAGCAAAAAGAAAUCCAAGAACCAGAUCCUACAUAUGAAGAAAAAAUGCAAACUGACCGAGCAAAUAGAUUUGAAUAUUUAUUAAAGCAGACAGAGCUGUUUGCACAUUUCAUUCAGCCUGCUGCCCAGAAGACUCCAACGUCACCGUUGAAGAUGAAACCAGGGCGCCCACGGGUGAAAAAGGAUGAAAAACAGAAUUUGCUUUCAGUUGGCGAUUACCGACACCGUAGAACAGAACAAGAGGAGGAUGAAGAGUUAUUAACAGAAAGCUCCAAAGCAACCAAUGUUUGUACUCGAUUUGAAGAUUCUCCAUCGUAUGUAAAAUGGGGUAAACUGAGAGAUUAUCAGGUCCGAGGAUUGAAUUGGCUCAUCUCUCUUUACGAGAAUGGCAUCAAUGGUAUCCUUGCAGAUGAAAUGGGUUUGGGAAAGACACUUCAAACAAUUUCUCUCCUUGGAUACAUGAAACACUAUAGAAAUAUUCCUGGUCCUCAUAUGGUUUUGGUUCCCAAGUCUACAUUGCACAACUGGAUGAGUGAAUUUAAGAGAUGGGUACCGACACUUAGAUCCGUUUGCUUGAUAGGAGAUAAAGAGCAAAGAGCUGCAUUUGUGAGGGAUGUUUUAUUACCAGGAGAGUGGGAUGUGUGCGUCACAUCUUAUGAAAUGCUUAUUAAAGAGAAGUCUGUGUUUAAGAAAUUUAACUGGAGAUACUUAGUUAUAGAUGAAGCUCACAGGAUAAAAAAUGAAAAAUCUAAGUUGUCAGAAAUAGUGAGGGAAUUCAAGACUACAAAUCGACUGUUGCUGACUGGGACGCCUCUUCAGAACAACUUGCAUGAGCUCUGGUCACUUCUGAAUUUUUUGUUACCUGAUGUGUUUAAUUCAGCUGAUGACUUUGAUUCCUGGUUUGAUACAAAUAAUUGCCUAGGGGAUCAAAAGCUAGUUGAGAGGCUUCAUAUGGUUUUACGUCCAUUUCUCCUUCGUCGAAUUAAAGCUGAUGUUGAAAAAAGUUUGCCUCCAAAGAAAGAAGUAAAAAUCUAUGUGGGUCUUAGCAAAAUGCAAAGGGAAUGGUAUACUCGGAUAUUAAUGAAGGAUAUAGACAUAUUAAACUCAGCAGGGAAGAUGGACAAAAUGAGGUUAUUGAACAUUUUGAUGCAGUUGAGGAAAUGCUGCAAUCAUCCAUACCUCUUUGAUGGAGCUGAACCCGGUCCACCUUACACAACAGAUAUGCAUCUAGUUACCAACAGUGGCAAAAUGGUGGUUUUGGACAAGCUGCUCCCUAAAUUAAAAGAACAAGGUUCAAGAGUACUAAUCUUUAGUCAGAUGACACGGGUGUUAGACAUUUUGGAAGAUUAUUGCAUGUGGAGAAAUUAUGAGUACUGCAGGUUGGAUGGGCAGACACCCCAUGAUGAGAGACAAGACUCCAUCAAUGCAUACAAUGAACCAAAUAGCACAAAGUUUGUUUUUAUGCUAAGCACACGUGCUGGUGGCCUGGGCAUCAAUCUUGCAACUGCUGAUGUAGUAAUUUUAUAUGAUUCAGAUUGGAAUCCUCAAGUUGAUCUUCAGGCUAUGGACCGAGCACAUAGAAUUGGACAAACAAAGACUGUCCGAGUGUUUCGCUUUAUAACUGAUAACACUGUAGAAGAAAGAAUAGUGGAACGUGCUGAGAUGAAGCUAAGACUGGAUUCGAUAGUCAUUCAACAAGGGAGACUUGUAGAUCAGAACCUGAACAAAAUUGGGAAAGAUGAGAUGCUUCAAAUGAUUCGACACGGCGCCACACAUGUAUUUGCUUCAAAAGAAAGUGAAAUCACUGAUGAGGAUAUUGAUGGUAUUUUGGAAAGAGGUGCAAAGAAGACUGCAGAAAUGAAUGAAAAGCUCUCCAAGAUGGGUGAAAGCUCACUUAGAAACUUUACUAUGGAUACAGAAUCCAGUGUUUAUAACUUCGAAGGAGAAGACUACAGAGAAAAACAAAAGAUUGCAUUCACAGAGUGGAUUGAACCACCUAAAAGAGAAAGAAAAGCCAACUAUGCUGUUGAUGCAUAUUUCAGGGAAGCUCUUCGUGUCAGUGAACCUAAAGCACCCAAGGCACCUCGACCUCCAAAACAACCAAAUGUUCAGGAUUUCCAGUUCUUUCCCCCACGUUUAUUUGAAUUACUGGAAAAAGAAAUUUUGUAUUACAGGAAAACUAUUGGGUACAAGGUGCCUCGGAGUCCUGACCUACCUAACGCAGCACAGGCACAGAAAGAAGAACAGCUUAAAAUUGAUGAAGCGGAGCCACUUAAUGAUGAGGAGUUAGAAGAAAAAGAAAAGCUUCUGACACAGGGGUUUACUAAUUGGAAUAAGAGAGAUUUUAACCAGUUUAUCAAAGCUAAUGAGAAGUGGGGUCGUGAUGAUAUUGAAAAUAUAGCCAGAGAAGUAGAAGGAAAAACUCCAGAAGAAGUCAUUGAAUACUCAGCUGUGUUCUGGGAAAGAUGCAAUGAGCUCCAGGACAUAGAGAAGAUUAUGGCUCAGAUUGAAAGGGGAGAGGCAAGAAUUCAAAGAAGAAUAAGUAUCAAGAAAGCACUAGAUACAAAGAUUGGCCGGUAUAAAGCACCCUUUCAUCAGCUAAGAAUAUCGUAUGGUACUAACAAAGGAAAAAACUACACUGAAGAAGAGGACCGUUUUCUUAUUUGUAUGCUGCACAAGCUUGGAUUUGACAAGGAAAAUGUCUAUGAUGAAUUACGACAAUGCAUUCGAAACUCCCCUCAGUUCAGAUUUGAUUGGUUUCUCAAGUCCAGAACUGCAAUGGAGCUCCAGCGGAGGUGUAAUACCUUAAUUACUUUGAUUGAAAGAGAAAAUAUGGAGCUAGAAGAAAAGGAGAAGGCAGAGAAAAAGAAAAGAGGACCAAAGCCUUCUACACAGAAACGUAAAAUGGAUGGUGCCCCUGAUGGCCGAGGAAGAAAAAAGAAGCUGAAACUAUGAACAAAUAUUUGUCUUAUAAUCACUAACUAGUAGUUCUUUAAUUUACGGGUCUUCAUAAGAUGUGCUGUACAGUGCUCAACUUGUGUCAUUCAAAGACAUCAGGUCCAUCUGCUUAUUGAGCUAGAAACAUAGUAUGUAGUUUCACUUUUUUAAAUGCAACAGCUGUGCUGGAAUUUUUUUUAUCAUUAACACUUGAAGUAAUAAAACAGGCUUCAUUUAUUAAUAAA